CACCGCAACCAGCAUCGGGAACACGAGAUGGAGGGCGGCGGCAGCUCGCAGUUGUGGAUGAUUCGUAAAGCGCAACGGACGGCGGAGAUCCUCUAGCCGAGGGUGUAGGGGGGCGCUACAAACCCUAGCUCCUGUUCCAAUAAAUCAUGCGGCUCCUUCCGCCCCGCAGCUCUCUCACUCGCGCUCUCCUCUGCUCUGCUCUCUGCCGCAUCUUGCCCCUCCCCUUCGAUCGAUGGAGUUCUGGGGUGUGGAGGUCAAACCUGGGCAAACUGUUAAGUGCGAUCCUGGAGACAUCAAAUAUUUGCAUCUGUCACAGGCAUCACUUGGGGAGACGAAGAAGGACAAAGCAGCCGAAAAUGUUCCCCUCUUUGUGAAAUUCAAUGAUCAGAAGCUAGUCCUUGGAACUCUCUCUGCAGAGAAAUGUGCCCAGAUUUCAUUUGACUUGGUAUUCGAGAAGGAAUUUGAAUUGUCUCACAGCUCAAAGAAUGCCAGUGUGUAUUUCUGUGGAUACAAGGCGAUCGUGCAAGAUGCUUUUGGUUCUGAUGAUGACCUUUCAGAUGAUGAAUCUGAUUCUGAAGAUGAUCUGCAGAUUGGCCAAAAACAAAAUGGCAAGCUCAAUGUCAAGGGUGAGCAGGGCAAAUCUGCCACAGGAAAGGUUGGCAAUAAGGUGGAUGCUCCUCCUGCUAAGCCCAAGGCUAAGGUGGAGGAACCAGUAAAGGCUGAUAAGCUGAAGGCAGCCGAGGAUGAUGAAGAUGAUGAGGAUGAGGAAGAUGAUGAGGAUGAGGAGGAAGAUGACUCUGAAGACGUAUCUGAUGAAGAUGAGGACAUGGCUGAAGCUCUGGGUGACAGUGAUGAUGAAGAUGAGGAUGAGGACUCAGAGGAGGAAGAUAAAGUUACACCCAAGAAGGCUGAAACUGGCAAGAAGAGAGCAGCGGACUCAGCUUCGAAGACACCUGGUUUGGUAAAGAAGGCAAAAAUUGAGAAAACAGGUGCUGCUGAUGGGAAGAAAGGUCAAACGGCAACUCCAACCCCUGGUAAAAAGUUUGAGAAAACACCUGCAGAAAGUGACAAAUCGAAGCAGCAGACCCCUAAAUCCUCUGGAUCAGUGAGCUGCAAGUCAUGUUCCAAAACUUUUGGCUCUGAAAAUGCUCUUCAAGCUCAUACAAAAGCGAAGCACAGCGGUGGCAAGUAACGGAAUUGCGGCACCCCUCAAUUUUGUAGUAGUUGACGUAGGGAAUGAUCGAAGUGGUAGUUGUCGUGGCGUGGAGGAUUGGGAACUUGGUUCUGCUUCGAGUUUUGCUGGCUAGUAGUUGAAGGCCUGGGAUCAGGAAUGCCAUUUUUGAGUCUCAUUUGAUACUGUUCAACUCAGUUUUGUUAUGCAACAUUUAAAAAUACUUUAAUGCUUUCUGAAGGAUGAUGUUUUUUAUA